GUUUCUGUCAAACUCGCGAGGUCAGUCUCAGCAAAACAUAAACAAAGAAGAAAGGAUUCUCUCAUAUUGGGCAUUGCUUCCUUUGUUUGCUACACGUUUCCAUUGAAGACAGGGUUUUUACAUUGAAACAGUUGUCAUCAUGAAAAUACAAAUGGAAGGUUUCCACAAGCUGCAGGACGAUCUUGAAAAAGUGAUUGAAAAAGAUGAUUCUGCAAGCUCCAUUACUACAGACUCUGAAGAGACUAAGCCAGAGUUCAGAACUCUCAGGGACAGGCUCAAGCAUCUUUUCUCCACCAACAAGUUCCAUGUUAUCGUUGUCUGCUUUGUGAUUCUUGAUUGCCUUCUCGUGGUUGCCGAAUUGUUGUUAGAUUUGAAAGUGUUUCCAUCAGAAGCGAACGACUCUAUUGCUCCACAUGUUCUCCACUAUUGCAGCAUCAGCAUUCUUGGAUUAUUUCUGAUAGAGAUUUUGUUGAGGGUUAUUGUUUUCAGACUUGAAUUCUUCAAGCACAAGUUGGAGGUGUUUGAUGCUGCAAUUGUUAUAGUCUCAUUCGCUUUGGAUAUCUUGUAUCGGAACAAUGAGGGACCUGAAAGUGGUGUUGGCUUGCUGAUUGUCCUCAGAUUAUGGAGAGUUACAAGAAUUAUAAAUGGAGUCAUUUUGUCCGUGAAAGUACAAGCUGACAAACGGUUAAAGCGUGAAAGAAGACUCAGAGACGCAUGUGAACAGGAACUGAUGAAAUAUCGUGAAUACUGUGCCGCACAGGAAAAUGAGAUUGAUAUUCUAAGAGGAUUGCUCAGAAAACACGGUAUCACAGAUUUUGUACCCACAGAAAUCCCACGACCGGCAAGAAGAAUUGACGUUAUUGCUGAGGUGAAUCCUGUCUCUGAGAAGAUCCUUGCUGAGAAAGAACGGAUGGAGAAGACAGAUUCACAUGAUUUUGUGAUUAUUUCAUGAGAAAUUGUGUUUUGAUUCACAAAAACCGAGAAAUCUUUUUCCUUCGCUAAAGCUGCAUUUAAAAACUUGUACAUACAAAAUUUGUCUCUUCAUAAAUGCAUUUAAUUUUUAUAUAUGUUAAAACAAGUUAUAUGUUAUUGUACAUGUAAAUACACAGUCAUGUAGAUGAAAGACUGUGUACAAAAUCAAAUGCCUGUUGUCCUUACAGACAAAGUAUUUUCUAUUGUAUAAUAUUAUUACAUGUGUUGAUUGUUAUCUGGCUGAUAAUUGAAUUUUUGCUAGGGUUGUUCUGUCGAUUGAUUAGGUAAAUUAAAAUAUUUAACUUUUUUUUUUUUUACUUAUUAUAUCUUUUAUUUAUCAAUGCAAGAUGAAUGAGAAUUACAAAACAGACAAGUGAUGAAAUACAUAAGUAUAAUAAGUGGAGUGUUUAAUUACAUGCAUGGAAAUAACGUACUGAUUUUUAAUCACCGAUAAUCAAUAGUAAUUUGAGUUGAAUCUGAAUUCUUUUUACAAGUAAAUAUCAUGUGUGUGUUUUGUUUUGUUUUAUUUGAAAAACAAGCAAUACUUUUUACAAUUGAUAGCAUUUUUAAUUUAUUACAUUUUUUUCUUUUUCUAUUUACAAUUUAGAUCUGAAAUAUUUUCUCGUUCAAUAUGUGCCAUGCAUAUGCAGGUGGUCCAGAACCUUGCCAGGAUGAUUGGUAAUUUUAAUAUGUUUAAAAUAAUUGACCUUGUAAUAAGGUAAAAAUAACAAAACAAAUCAUAGAAAAAUAUAUAUGAUUUGCAUGACAUGAGUGGUUUGAUCUACAUGUAUUUGUGGUUUAAUUUGUAUCAUAAUCUGUUGUUUAUUCAUUGAAAGAAUACGUGCUGUUACUCAAGCACAAAAAUAUGUUGAAAUAAUUUUCUUUGUUUAGGCUUGUAAUAUUCAGUUAAAAUUUGUAUAGGAAGUUUUCCCAAAUAUAGUUAAAGUUUAUAUGUACAUUGUAAUUAAAGCUGCACUCUCACAGAUUGAACAUUUUGACAACUUUUUAUUUUUUGUCUUGAAACAAACAAAUUUAUGCGAAAAUGCAUGAAAACCAGUAAAAUAAGAGUGCUGACUAAAAAUCAGAUUGCAGGUUUUCAUAAUUAAUUUCAAAAAUUGAUGUUUUAUGCAUUUUUCUUAAACCGUUAGUAUAACACUUUGAGCCAAAAAACAACGGCACAGAAAUAUUAAAAUCUGCGAUCUGAUCAUUGUCAGCGGUCUUAUAUUCCUGGUUUGCAGAAAAAUUGACUCUAUCAAAGACAAAAGUUAAAAAACGUUGUCAAGAAGGUAAAUCUGUGAGAGUGCUGCUUUAAUUGUAAAAAACACAAAGUUUGGACACAUACCUUGAAGGGAAACAUCCCUGGGAUUGAUGUUCUGUCUGGAUCUAAUGAAAACAGUUCACACAAAUUUUCAAUGUAAGAAGCACAUGGUCAAUGAUUGCGCAAUACUUCGUAAAGGCCCUGAUAAAAUGUAUUUGUAGAUUAUGUGUAGCUUGUUUAAAAGGCCUCGGCAAUAAGAUGUGUCCAUUGAUAAAUAAAAUGAUAUCUGGAUAGAUCAGCUGUAAGGGCCUCAAACAUUUCUAUCAGUGGUGCAAUACAGUUUUCCUGACAACGGUGUUAUUUGACUUUUAAAAGUACUCUGUUUAAUUUGUGAUUUGAUUUCUGUGCUAAAAUUACUUUGUGCUACAUUCUGAUAUGCUGUAAACUUUAUCGUACACACUGAUAUUUUGACUUUGUUUUUGAUAUUUGUGUAUUCUGUAUGUCUCAUUAAUAUUUAAAUUGUACGUGAAUUGCACAUUGAAUAUUAUCAUAUUUUUGUUCAUUCGUUGUAAGGAACAAUGAUGUACCAAGUUUUGUUUUGUAACCUUUUAAUAAAUGGAUUUCUGUAUAUCUUACAUGAACUUUAGUGGGACAAUCUCCUUUGAAAUUGUGUGAGUGGCCGGUUGCUUUUUGUGCACUUACAUGUACUGUAAUUGGCCAAAGUCCUUUGAAAUUGUAAGGAUGGCCAUUUGUCUUUUCUCCACUUACUCAUACUUUAAUUUUACCAACUCCUUUGAAAUUGUAGGAGUGGUUAUUGGUAUUUUUUGUUCUUACAUUUACUUAAAUUGGACCAACUCCUUAUUGACCGUUUGUCAAAUGCAAUUUUGCCAUUCAAUGGAUUUUUUGCUUCCUCAUGAAAUAGAAGUCCCUAUAGUUUAUCAGGUAUAGUAAUAAAAACACUUUAUGGGUUAGCAGUACUGUUAUGACUGUUAUCAUUAUACAAUGUUUAUGUGGCAAAAUUGGUCUUGUAGUGCAUGUAUAGAUGUCUGCUUACACCCGAGGAGAGGUCAUGGGCUCAAGCCCAACAAGGGCACCUUUUCAAGAUAUACAUCGGUACUGCAGGUUUCCACAAAACCACUAUUUUAUUUCCAUUGAUUUCUUUUUUAAAUAUUCACUUGUACAUUAAACAAAAAGUUUACACUUAUUAAAUUUGACCAAAUGAAAAUGAAAAAUGGCUAAGAAAGGAUUUGUUUUAUGGAUACUGUCCCAGUUCUAGUUUUUAUCCCCUUUCAGGGAACAAUUAAGAUGAUAAAUGAUUGAUAAUAUUAGCUUGUAGCUGUCUUGUCAUUGGACCAAAAAUUAUUAAGUAAUAACCUGGCCUCAGUUUCUUCAAAAAAUGUUCAGUAUGUUCCUGAGAAAUAGUACAGUUGUGUAUUUAUGAUAGACAAACAGGGGACAGUCUCUAAUUUCUUCAACACUCUAAAAUCCCUUCACAGUAACAGAAUCAAGCUCAGCAUACUAUUUUGUUUUGGCAUAAAUGUGUAAUUACUCUUUUCCCUGAGUUUAGACUUUUAAAGAACUAUUUUUGAUAAUCAUGAUGAACUAUGUUUGUUUGUAAUUUUGCCAAAAGAAGUAAGAUAUUAAAGCUAAAAUAAUAGAAGGUAUCCUGGCAUAAGGUCAUUUGCCUUCUGUGAUAUUAUAAUUUAAUUAAGUGUACAUAUACUCAUCUUAUACAUUAGAAAUUGGUUUUGAAUAAUUGUUUGUAUUAAUUUUGUAAUUAUAAAUGUAUAAUAUAUACAAUGUAAUAUUAUUGUAAGAGUUUAAAGGGACUUGUUCAUGUUUUUUAGGGUCAGACAUCCAACAAAUUCGUGUGAAAUGUGAACAAAUUGUUUGUUACAUUAUACAUCAUCCAAAGUUUAAAUUAGAAGUCAGCAGUGAAUCGUUAAAACUAUUUUAAAAUGUGAAAGAUAUUGCUGUAUUUUGCCAAAAAGCAGUAGUAACUCUUAUGAAAAGUUAAAGGCACACAACAUAUUUCGAUGCAAAAAGUACUUAAAUGACAAAAAAAUGCUUUUUUAACUGGUAAAUUUGUAGCUUUUUACAGAAAAAAACAACAUUUAUAAAGGCUGAAAUCUUUUUAUCUGUACACAAAUCAUGUUGUUUUUUUAUUUAUCAUCAAAGUCAAGUUAGUAAAUCAUGCAUUAAACAUUCAAAAAAUAUUUUUUGCAUCAACAUGGUAUAUUCAGGGACAAAGUUCAGGAUUAAUCCUGAAAUCAGGAUUGGAAGCUUUUAGUUUCAGACUAUCGUUCAGUUGAAAAGUUGGUUUUUAAUGUACACUUGCAUUAAAAAUAGGAAGAAGUACAAUUUAAAUGGAUAUAAAUGGUUUUGAAAAAUGUUUCAACAGGUGUCUAGGCCCUUUUAUGCUUUAAGGGCCUGGACCCAUCAUAUUUAAACUAAUUUUUCAGGAUUGGAAUUUUUGAAAAAUGUUUCAACAGGGGUCUAGGCCCUUUUAUGCUUUUAGGGCCUGGACCCAUCAUAUUUAAACUAAUUUUUCAGGAUUGGAAUUUUUGGUCAGUUAUCAUCCCAGUAUAUUGUGUUCCUUUAAUAGUUUAAGACUUAGAUACACCAAAUUUCUGUUAAAUUGAGUAUCUGCCAGUUGCUGUAUGGUGUUUGUUUCAUAAAAGGAAGAAUGAUAACACAAUUUCAAUAAAGUUAAAGAAAAGUGUUGCAAACUUAAAACCUGUGAGAGAGUCCCUUUAAUUCUGUUAAAUAUUUUGAUGUGUGUGUAAGGUGCUAUGUGUUGUGUACAUUUCAAUUUAAAUUAUACACUUAUGUAGUCAGGUAUUACGACGUAAAUAGGGGAGGUUUAACUGUUGCUACUCAUGCAUACUGGUAUAUGUUACAAAACAUGAUUUUAUUGUUAUAAUAUUUUAUAAUGUGAAUCAUUGAAGUUUCACUUUACAAUCUUUUCAAAUUAUUCCUUUCUAUUUAAAUGUUUUCCAAUAGAAAGAUAUAAUAAAAAUAAAUUAGGGUCACUAUAAAACUGUUAAAAUGUUGAUAUAAAACAACUCACUCACUCACUCAACCCCUUUACUUGACUCACUCAGUCAAAUUGCUCACUCAAUUCACUUUACUCAUGCACUCAACCUACUCACUCACUCAACUUGCUUUACUCACUCACUCAACCCACUCACUUAAUUCACUCACUCAACUCAAUCACUCAGCUUACUUUACUCACUCACUUAACUCAAUCACUCUACUUACUUUACUCACUCACUCAACCAACCCACUUAUCUCACUCACUCAACUUACUUUACUCACUCAACUUACUCACUCACUCAACUUACCCAACUUCCUCACUCACUCAACUCAACUCAGGGGUAUAUUGAGUGAACAUAUUUGAUAAAAUCUGAAUGGGAAGAAACAUUUUUUAUUAAUGAUAUAUAAAGGCGCACAAUAAAAGUUGAUUUUUUAAUAUAAUAAUAGUGUGUCACUGUGGUUAACUCAUUUUACUUUAUUGAUCAAAACAUAAAAUGAUUUAGGUACAGUUAAAAAAUAUAAGCAAUAUUUUAGCGCUUUUUUUAACUGGGAUGUUUUUAGCCACAAAGUUAUUAAUUAAAAAACAAAAUUCAUAAAAGGUAAUACUUUUUUUUAUAUGUUCCUUAAUCAUUUGAAUUUUAAAAAACAACAAUGCUUUUUUAAUAUGGGAAUUUGUAGCUAUUUAUAGACCAUUUAUAAAGGCUGAUAUCUCUUUAACUGUAUACAAAUCAUAUGAUUUUUGUUUUGUUUUGAUCAUUAAGUCAAAUAAGUUAAACAUGAUAAUUCAUUAAAAUAAAAUAAAAAUGGGGGAGGGGGGUUAUCAGCUCGUAUUGUGUGCCUUUAAUCAAUUCAGUCUUCCCCAAGGACUAAUCAUUGUAGACAUUAGAUAUGCAAACUUAUGCAGAGUCAUUUCUAGCCAACAAUGUUAAUUUAAUUUGCAGGCUUAACAAAUUGUAAACAUUGCCUUUCUAAUCAGGUCAUCUUUUAUACAAUACUGGAAUAGUGCUAUUUACAUAAUGGGUCCAACGUUAACAGUUUUAAUGAAAAUACAGUUGAACACUGUUGGCUGGAACUCCCAGGGACUGACAAAAAUAACUUAAGCAUUGGGAAAUUUGAACCAAGCGGGAACAUUGAGCUUCAUUAUAAAGAAAUCGGUUCUUAUCAGCUAGUUUGAGCCGACAAGGAAAUCGAGCCAAGCUUGUUCUAGUCAGUGGGGUUCGACUGUAUUCUGAUCAUUGUGCCUUUUUCAUCCCAGAAGAUUCUCUAAAUAUCAGUUCUUCAUUGAACAUAUAAUAGUCCUUUUUGCGGAUACUGACUCUUGCCGCUUUUGAAACUGCAAAGUUUCGACUGGAUAGUAAGUUGAGCUUGUUAUUCAAAACAAUGCAAUUGUGAUUCAAACAAAUUGGUGGUCUUUGUAGCAAUUUGGGUGGAAAAAUCCAUCUUAAAGGGAUUAAUAGCAAAGAGGUCUAUAUACAAUAAUUUAAGAAACAUGUACAUUUACAUUUGAAAAUAUGGUCCCUGAUAAUUGAACAUCAACAUUGUCUUAAGUUUAUUAACAGUUUGUAUAAUAACUGCAAUUUCUUUUCUUCAGAUGACACACACAUUACAUAUAUACUUAAUUCUUAGGUUACCGUAUGUUAUUUCAAUGCAAAUAUUUAACUUUUAUGUAUUUAGAUGAGUUUACCAAUAGUUUUACUUUGUGAUCUUGUAUGUCAUUAUUUCAUAAAUAAAAUUUAGAAUUUGA